AUGCUAAAGACGGAAAAUAAAAUAAUUUUCACUAAUGAAAUUCAACCCAUAAACCUGGCCAAAAAUGUUGAUCUAAACAAUUCCGACCUUAUGCUACCAGGAUGGGGGACGUUAAGAACGACGAUGUUCAUUCCAGAUCUUCCUAGUAAAUUGCAGGAGCUGAAAGUAACAUAUGUGCCAUUUGAAAAAUGCAAUGAACAAAUUGAGCAACUAUUAGAAAAAAAUGAAGAAAAUCCUUUAAAUAAGGAUGUCAAUAUAUGUACUGGUCCAUUAGGCGGCGGCAAAGCUGCUUGCAAUGGUGAUUCAGGUGGACCAUUAGUGCUACGUACAGUAAAAUCAGCUAAAAACAACAGCAUAAACCUUACGCAUUCAGAUGACAAACUAAAUAUAGACAAUGUUGGUGACAAAAAUAGGGAUAAUGAUUCAGCUAAAGAAUAUAAGAAACAUGGCAAAGAAAAGAAAACUAAAGAAAAUAAUGAUUUUAUUCCUAUUGUAGUAGGAAUAGUUUCUUGGGGUAUCUCUCCUUGUGGGGAAAAAGGUGCUCCUACAGUUUAUACGAAUGUAUCUCGAUAUAUGGACUUUGUUAAUAAAUACAUAAACGAGUAA